AUGACUGAAGACACAUCCGCGAUAAACGAACUCAUUUUUCGCGCACUGAAGGAGAUGAAGGCUCUGAACUCUGUCGAAUGGAACUUCGAUAGCAGAUACUCAAGGUGUGGUAUCAACAACACGGUUUCUUGUGCCCUCGGCUCGCUGCCUCUCUUAGAAAAGGUCGAAUUGAUCUUCCAGUCCCUCGUCUCAAAGUCAGACACUCCAUCCUUCUCUACCCUCCCAAACCUCCGAACUCUCCUUAUCCGCUGCGACUAUCCUGUCGGAAGGUAUAAUCAGCCAAUGGACGUUGCAUCGUAUCUCGCUUUGAUCUUAUCCCAAUCUCCCAAUCUCGACUUCCUCGACGUCGAGAUGCCUUCGCACGAAGGCGUCAAAGAGGUCCCUGACCUGAAGGACAUCCUCCCAGACUUUUCCUCCGACGCGAGCACUCCUAUACCUCUGCGGUAUUUACGCCUAUCGAACGUCUUUAUCACCAUCAACAACACACGCUUCCACAUCUCCUUCGGAUCUACACACCUGGAGGUCAACUGGAUCGAGAAGGGUGGUCACCGUAUCAUUCCACCCUCCGGCUUGAAACAUCUAUCGGUCUCUGCGACAGGUCAGGCUGAAGUAAUCAUCGACGGCACUCCCCUUCAUCGUACCUUUUUCUCGGUCAUUCUUCCUGGUCAUUCUGCGUCUUUGUUGUCGCUGCCCAUCAACUCGUUUAAUGCGGGGCCUUGGAGUUAUAAUAGUAGCAUGAUCAGAGGUGUGCUGAGCUGCGAACGCCUCGAGAAACUCUACAUCACUAUCUGCGAAGACGACUUUUCAGGCGACGCCAUAGCAAACCUACUGAACGACCUGAGCUCUCUCCGUUACCUGGAACACCUUGACAUCGCCGCCGCCUUCACGCCUGCCGAGUGGUUUUGUGGAAACGGUCUGAUGGACCACCACAGGCACUUGCAGAAAAAAUUGGCUUCUGCCGUCCAGGAGUUUCGAGGUAUUGCAGGACGUCACUACCCGGCUACUGUGUCUGCGGGCUGUGAUCAUCGCUCAGAAGUAAUGGAGGAAGAAGGAGAGCGCGUCAACGCAUGA